CACUAUUCCUUCCACUCUUUCUGAGCCAACCACUGCACUACACAAUUUUCCGGCACCUCGCCGUUCUACGCUGUCUCCGACGACCACACAAUCCGCCACUGUUUCUUCUGUUUUAGAGUCCAGUCUUCUGCGUGAGCCACACAUACUCACAGUGACAUUGGUGACGAUAGUUGGCGAUGGCGGGAAAAGUGUCGAAGGCAGCAUUCGAUGCGAAGAUGUGGAAGCUCUUGAAGGAGUACAGCCAGGUGGUGGUGGUUACCACCGAUAACGUUGGUUCCAACCAAAUCAAUGGCAUACGGAGGAGUUUAAAGGGCGACUCCAUUGUCGUUAUGGGGAAGAACUCCAUGAUGAGGCGCUCCUUCACGCUUCAAGCUGGAAACAAUUCCUUCCUCAACCUUACUCCUCUUCUUAGGGGAAAUGUAGCGUUGAUUUUCACCAAAGGAGAUAUGAAGGAGGUUAGCGACGGGGUUGCUAAGUUGAAGGUUGUUAAUCCUCUUCUCAUGUGCUCCAAAUACUUGUCAUAUGAAUCGUACCGCAAUUGUUCUUACAUGCAAUCUGGACAGUUGCCUUUGGGCCUCAAGUGUUGUAACCAGCAGUUGUUGCAGGAUUCUGAACCUUUUUUGGUAUGCUCAAAAUUCACGCCGCACCAGCAUUGUUUAAUGACGAGAUCAAGACAGCUCUUGGCGAUGAGUGUAUGGUCUCCUCUUCUCCUUUUGGCUGGUAACUUGUGAUGUUGAAAAACUUUUCCAAUUUUUGUCCCGUGUUUUCUGUGAAGCAUAACUUUCGCAUCUUUUCCUUGAGCACUAUUGACUUCAAGCUGAAUCCUCCAUUGUCACAAUGUGAAGAUGCAAAUGAUUUUGAUCAGGGUCUCUGUUUGGGAAUGGUGAUAAACAAUUUUUGUGCUUUGUUUUAAUAAGAGUAUAGAAAAUGCUUUCAUGUGAUUGUUUAUCAACUUCGUUCACAAUCAAUGUUUGUGUUAAAAGUAUAUACUUAGCAUUAUACAAAGUUCUCAAUUAUCCCCAUUUAUGAUCCA